AUGCCUCCUAUGCGUUCCACGCGUCGCAACGAGAGUGAUAAUGACUCUGAGCUCUCAGACGUUGACGUGGAUGAGAUAGAAAGUGUGGCUUUCUCAGACACCCCAAAAUCUGUCGCAAAUCCAGUCACCUCUGAUUCACCAGAAAUCGACGAGGUAAACGGCAAUCAGUCUGCUGUCGAUUCUCGCACUGUCUCAACAUCAUCGAAUAUAGCGCCAAAUGGUGAAACCAUCAAUCUUGACACCCAACCACCAUCUGAGGAUGAAGGCGACCAAGAAGAAGGCUUCUUAACGGCAUCCGAGUCUCCUCUGGAGAGUAAGGUGUUGACACCUCAAAGCAAUGAAAUCCGAGAAGAGAAGUCCUCUACCACAGAAAUGGAGCCUAAGAAUGACGCAUCAGAAUCAUCAUCGAAAACUUUGAAGAGAAAAUCUUCCCCGAGCGAAUCUCCCAAGAAAGCUUCUUCGAGUUUUGCAACCCAAAGAUCACAUCUUCGGCAAGAUAUUGCUACGCCAAGGCAAACCUCCGCAGUGGUCUCUGAGCGUCAGUCUGCCGGCCAUAAUAAAUCACCAUCCGCUUCAAGCAAGGUCGAAGAAGAGUCUGCCCGUUUGCGAGAAGUAUUAUUGCAUGUGUCAAUCGAGGCAACUCAAGCAAUAUUGCGCGAGCAGUGGAGGAGCUUCAUCUUUACGAAUGCAGCAGAUAGCCACGUCACCUUUAUUCUCCGCGCUGGUUUGAAGAAUGCCAGUCCAGAUAUUCUUGCGCGAAUCUUCAAAGAUUCCGGUGUCAUGAAAGAUACUUUGGUGGAUGCCAUUAGCCCUAAACAGCCCAUUGUCGCCAAGGUUCUCAAGAACGCUUCUUCAAAUCAGCUCUUAGAUCUCGUACCCAGCAAGAUUCUCGACCAAGCCCUGUCCGAGCGAUUGAAGAAUGUUCCGGCCAAAACACUUAUACGAUGGCUUGCUGAGGCCGAUAGACUUGGCUACAGUAUUGAUGAUAUCUUGGACGAAACCGAUGAGACUGUCAUACCAAAGAUGCCAAGUAGGGCACAAAGCAAUGAUGAUAGUGAUACUGACAUGACAUAUGACGAACCGAGAAACCCCGAAAUGAUAUAUGAUGAACCAAGAUCCUCCGAACCUCAAUCAUUGGAUCCUCUUCUAGCUGAACAGCAACGAGUCAUCGCCGCUCAAAAGGCUCAACUCGAUGCCCAAUUAAACACCCUUGCUGAUUUGCGAUGUCCCACAUGCAAUUAUAAGUUUGAUACCGUUAGAGGGUACAACUUUCAUCGAUCGAAAAAUGUCUGUACUAAGAUUCAGCCCUCCGGAUUGAAGUUUUAUUGCAGCAAUUGUGCGCAAGGAUUUACGACCAAGCAAGGAAUGCUAUAUCAUGAAAAGAAGCGCGUUUGUCUCGGGGAAGAAGGACAGGAAGAUGAUGAAAUCAUUAUUCCAACCCACCAAGAACGUCAAACUUUUGUCUCGCAUCUGCAACGAUCUCGAAAUCCAUUAGAUUUUCAAACCGAAAUGCAUGCUGAGCACCAACCGCACAAUCCGAACAUCCAGGUAUCAAUCCGAAAUAUCCCUCGACCACCCCUCCAUACUCCAAAAGUCUCAAAGAAGCUUGCAUCAAUCAUCGCUGCCUCCCCAUUCGAUAGUGGGACUCGUCACUCACCAUCUGAACUCACCCCAGAGAAACACGCUGCUCUAGAAGCUGCUCUCCAGGCAGUCGAAGACAAAUUCGCUAGUGAUAAAGCCACCAUCCCAGCCGACUGGCCUGCAGAUAAACGAGAGGCACGACUCACUUCACUCAAAAACGGAAACGCAUCUCGCAAAUCUCAAAUUCGCAAAUCGUUUGGUGUCACUCUUCGUAUGCGCGACAAGGAUAAGGAAGCAAAGAAAAGACGUGAGGUUUUGAGUACGCGUUCUCCAUCAGUACCUGGGGUAGGAUACCGAGUUGAUGAGUUCCACAAUCCAUCACUAACCAGCUAUUCAUUCGGUGCUCGGCAAACGAGUCAAGGUUCACCGGCGACGAGUGUGAGAAUGGAAAUGGUGGAUAUGAGACCUGCUACAGGCUUUUCGCCAAUUAAUCAACCGCAACCGCAACAUCCAUAUCCAUCUCCAUAUUCACAAGCACCACAAGGUCACACCAUGAUGCAGCACUCUGUCCCUUCCCAAACUCAAGAAUUUCUUCACCGAUUUCCACCUGUGGGACCGGUAGGAAAUAUGUCGCAUAUGGCUUAUGGGAAUCCGGGUUUGGCUCAACACGUAAGUCCUUAUGGACCCGGACCUGGACCUAUAAAUGGACCUAUGGGUGGACCUGUAAAUGGACCUAUGACUGGAACUCCACAACAGGGAUACAGAGCGCAAGAUCAUGCGAAUAAGAGAGUAAAAAGAAAUUCAAAUGCAGGGACGAUAUGGGCGGACCAAGAAAGAAGUCGACAUUUCGCACCGCUGAAUUCGGCGCCAAUUGCGAUGUCGAUGGCGAUGCAGGGGAGUCAACCUGUAUCAGGAUUGAGAGGUGGAGUUAUGGGUCUGGAUGGAGCUGGAGUUGAAGGGUAUAGUAGACCGAGAUCGGGCGGGUCGAGUGGGGUUGAGAGGAUUGGAGGACUAGGAAAUGGAAAUGGAAAUGGGGUCGGAGCUAUUAAGAGGGUGCCGGUGAAGGGCUUACAGAGGAGGUGGGAGGCGUUGAAUGGGAAGGGGCCGGGUGUGAGAGCGGAGGCUGAGGCGGAGGCGGGUGUCAUUAUGAGUGUCGAGAGGGCUGGAGGAAAUGAAAUUGCUUCGGAGGAAAAUAGAGAUGUGGUGAUGGAAAAGGGUAAGAAGCCGAUGGUUGGAGGGGCAGUGAAUGUGGUGGAUUUGAUUAGUGAGGAUGAGAGUGGGGAUGAGAGUGGGGCUGAGAAUGAUCCGGUUAGUGAGGAUGAGUGA